AUGGCUCUCUGCAGUGGACACACGCGGGAAUCCCGCCUGCUGCUGCUGUUGCUGCUGUUGCUGCUGCUGCUACUGCAGCCUUGCGCCUGCUGGAUCUGCGCCAGUUCGUGCCCCAAAACAGGAGCAGCAGCAGCAGCAGCAUAUGCUGCUGCUGCUGCUGCUGCAGCAAAUUCGCUGCCCUAUGGCCCGUGCACCGGCUCAGCAGCAGGGCCUGCAAUAGCAGCAGCUACUGCUGCAGCAAAGGUCCGCCAGCCGACUUUGCAGCAGCAGCAGCAGCAGCAGCAGCAGCAAGGAGCUGCUGGCCUUUGUAUGCGUUUUUAUAAGGCCAGGGCAAUCCGCGCUCUGUCCAUUCCAGAAAUAGAGAGGGAAGUGCUGCAGGCACGGCAGUCUUUGGGGCACCUGCGGCUGCUGCAGCGGGCGGGGCUGGCGAAGCAGCACCAGCUGGUGCAUGCAAGACGUUUGCUGCGGCAGCUGCUGACAAUAAGAGCUGAGAGGGAAGGCAGCACGGGGCGGCAGCAGCUGCGGCAGCAGCAGCAGCAGCUGCAGCAGCAGCAGCAGCAGGCGUUCCUGCGGGAGGCGACGCAGCUGCAGCAGCAGCUGCGCCAGCAGAUGACCCCCGAAAUGCAGCAGCAGCUGCAGCAGCUGCAGGAACAGCUGCAGCAGCAGCUGCAGGAACAGCAAGAGUGGGAGCAGCAGCAGCAGCUGAUGAAGCAGCAGCUUAAAGGCACCCGAAGGCUUCCCUCGCGAAAAGCCAAGGCAGACGCAGCAGCAGCAGCAGCAAAAAUGGCAGCAGCAGCAACAGCAGCAGCAGCAACAGCAGCAGCAGCUGCUGAUGCUGCCGCUGCAGAGCAUUGA